AUGUUCACCUCGCUUCCCGCCCGCCUUCCGAGCGCCUUAGGCCAUGCUGCCCGCAGGGCGCCCCUCCGCCUUGCCGGCCAAACCCGCCUGGCGAGCAGGUUGGCCGUUGACGGCAGCAAGGGCCGCGCUAUGCCCACCACUAACCGAAGGGCUACCGCUGCGGCGUCCGGUGUUGAUGCCACCCUGACUAUCAGGGACGGCCCCGUGUUCCAUGGUACCGCUUUUGGCGCCAACUCGAACAUCUCCGGUGAAGCUGUCUUCACCACUUCCCUCGUGGGAUACCCCGAGUCCAUGACGGAUCCCUCCUACCGCGGCCAGAUCCUGGUUUUCACCCAGCCGCUCAUUGGCAACUACGGUGUGCCUUCGAAUGAGCGCGACGAGUACAACCUCCUCAAAUACUUUGAGUCCCCCCACAUCCAGUGCGCCGGUGUCGUCGUGGCCGAUGUGGCCGAGAAGUACAGCCACUGGACCGCCGUCGAGAGCCUGAGCGAGUGGUGCGCCCGCGAGGGCGUCCCCGUCAUCUCCGGCGUCGAUACCCGGGCCAUUGUCACCCACUUGCGUGAGGAGGGUUCAUCGCUGGCCAGGAUCUCGAUUGGUGACGAGUACGAUGCCGACGAGGAUGAGGGCUUCAUUGACCCCGGUGCGAUCAACUUGGUUAAGCGUGUCAGUACCAAGGCCCCCUUCGUGGUCGCGAACCCGAACGCCACCUUCCACGUCGCUCUACUGGACUGCGGUGUCAAGGAGAACAUCCUGCGCAGCCUGGUCAGCCGCGGCGCCUCGGUCACCGUCUUCCCUUACAACUACCCGAUCCACAAGGUCGCCGACAACUUUGACGGUGUCUUUAUCUCCAACGGACCGGGUGACCCGACUCACUGCCAAGAGACCGUCUACAACCUCGGCCGCCUCAUGGAGACUUCGUCAGUUCCCAUCAUGGGCAUCUGCCUCGGCCACCAGCUCCUUGCCCUCGCCGUUGGCGCCCAGACCAUCAAGCUCAAGUACGGCAACCGCGCCCACAACAUCCCAGCCCUCGACUUGACCACUGGUCAAUGCCACAUCACCAGCCAGAACCACGGUUAUGCUGUUGACGCAAGCACCCUGCCCAGCGAGUUCAAGGAGUACUUUGUCAACCUCAACGACGGGAGCAACGAGGGCAUGCUGCACAAGACUCGCCCCAUCUUUUCCACCCAGUUCCACCCGGAGGCGAAGGGCGGGCCUAUGGACAGCUCCUACCUGUUCGACAAGUACCUCGAGAACGUCCAGUUGUACAAGGGCAACUCCAAGGUCUACCGCGACAACCGGCCGUCUCAGCUCAUGAUUGACAUCCUUAGCAAGGAGCGUGUUGGCGUUGAACCCUCGCCUCUUGCUUCGAACGCGCCGUAA